UUUACAGGGCAGGAGCAGACCUUGGUUGACAGCUUAAGAUACGUUGAAAAAAUACCAGCAAUGCUUUCCCUGUUCUUGAAAGCUACUGCCUUCUUCUGGAGAAAAGCUGACAAUGACUUGGAACAGGAUUGUUACGACACCGCAGAUUGUACAGAGUAUAAAAAUGUACUUGGAGCGACUGUGACCAGAUUUUGUGGCAAGUAUGGUUUAGUUGAUGACUCCAUUUACUUCACUUCCAGCGAUGUGCUGGGAGGUAUGCCUUUGCAAGUCGGCCAAAAAGUGAACGUAGUGGCCCAAAAAAACGAGACUUCAGGAGGUUGGAAAGCAGUCAAGGUGGAACCUGUAACUAAUCAGUGGGAGGAUGAUAAUGAUACUUGCAGCGCAUACACACGUUCUCCAGCAGAAAAUGAAAAUCGUAACUUGAUAGGCGUUAUAACUUCAUGCACCAAAGAUGGUGGCUACAUUAAUGAAACAACUUACUUCUCCCUGGCAGAUGUAUGUGAAGGUUUUCAGCCUUAUAAAGGUGACUGGGUACAGGCCCAAUACUCCAUUGAACCAACAACUUGGAAAAGCCAAGCUUACUGCCUGAAACCACUUAGAUAUAAACGAGUUGAUAAAGUACCAAUAACUCGAAUACUUCAUCGAGGUGGUGUAGUGGAUGACAUUAUAUUCUUCACUCUUGAUUCUCUCCGAAUGUCACAGCUUUAUGUGCCUAAAAAAGAUGAUUUAGUCAACGCAGUCAUUAUUGAAAGUAAUCAGUCUUUAUACCAAUGGAGAGCUUUAUGCAUUGGACUAGCAGACAAAGAAAGUUUAUCAGUUCCUGCAAUAACAGGCAAAGAGCUUGACCCUGAUAACUUGGAGUUCUUUAACAAAGAAGGAUUGGAAGCUACAAGAAGGAUUGACUUUGGUACCAUCAAACAGGGAGAGAAAAAAGACUUGAUGGUGUGGAUCGAGAACAAAGGAAGGGAGGCUCAAAGCCUUCUAAACUGUAAGCUGGCAGGAUGGGAGAGAGGCAAUCAGUUCUUUCUGAUGUCACCCCAAUUAGUUACUGCCUCUGAAAAUGGAGCCAAAGAACAACAAAGCCCCAGUAAAUUUGCAUCUUACUACAGAAUUACUCAAUCCCAGUCAUCCUGUAUCGUCCUUGGUUCUUCCCUGCCCAGGAUAUCAAAUCAACCAGAUUCUAAGCUUCCCAGUGUGACUCUUGAUCAACAGAAUGUAUCCACACCUCAGGAAAGAAGAUCAUCCCAGCAAGAUGGUUCACGCAAUUCACAAAGCGCUCGAGAUGAUAAAUUCCUGAAUAAUAUGUCAUCAGCCUCUGCAAGUUCCAUAAAUGAGCUAAAUUGUCUGCAAACCCUUGAUGAUGCCCAUGUAAAAUGUGAAAAGAUGAAACAAGAGCUUAGCACAAAUGUAGAAAUUGGUGAAAGGAUGCUGCAAAUAUUACCUGGGGGAAAAGCUUACAUAAAACUAGUGUGUGAAGCAAAAAAUCCCGGUCGUAGUAAAGAUCUCCUCUUGCUUUAUUUUAAUGAUUUUAUGAUGGGAUGUUAUGUGGAGGUGGAUGUAAUGAGUGAUGAGGAAUAUCUACUGGAACCAAGAUCCAGAUAUCACCCCGUACAAUCCAAAUCCUUUCAACCAGAGCAAAAAGAAGCCAACUUCAUGGUUGUGAGUGUGAGAAAUCCUUCAAGACUGGCCAGACGGCGCAUACCUAGCUUUCUUCCACAGUAUGCUGUGCCUGAGAGAUUGAAAGAGUGCAUUGAAAGGGAUGCAGAUAUCCUGACCGUACAGCCAAAUCUGUCAGAGGCUCUGAACAUGUCAAAAUAUAAAGAUCAUUUCUCAACACUUCUGUGGCUGGAGGAGAUCAAAGCCGAGAUGGAAAUGAGGGAAUUUAAUAUGACCAAUGUGACUUUGAAAAAGCAAGGGGACUACCUCAUUCUGGAGGUGCCAGGGUUGGUUGAAGGCCGGCCUUCUGUAUCUAUUGGAGACCGAAUAAUAUUAAAGAAUUCCUGUUGUACAGAACCUGUAGUGCGAUUUUCUGGCUUUGUACUGGAGGUGUAUGAAGACGAGCUUGUGCUGCAGUUUAAUUCUUCAUUUCACCAAGCCUAUGGAGGGGAGCCUAUGGAUGUGGAGUUUACAUAUAACAGAAUCUCUACCCGGAGAUGCCUGUUUGCUGUGGAACAAGCUUUUCAUCUUGGUGAACAAGUUUUGUUUCCAGAGAAUGUUGUGGCAAAACCUCCACAGACAGUUACUACAUGGGAUGAUAUUGACACAGUUGUGACAAAUAAAAAAAAAAGUUGCUGCAGAUCUCAAGGCCAAACUAACAAAGAAAAAGAUGUGGAUGCAAAAUUAAAUAGUUCCUGUACAGGUAAGGAGAGCUGGUGCCAAGAUGGUGAAAGCAAAGGUUUGAAGGGAAGGACAACUGAAAUGAUAUGUACGUCUGAAGCAUUAUCAGUUGCUGCACACACUGGUGAUGGUAGAUAUUUAAAUGCUAAAACUGCCUCCAAUUUCAUCCAUCAUAAUAUACGAGGAAAUUAUACAGGCAAACAAUCCAAUGGGCGAGAAGAUAACUUCUUUAACUCAUUUCUGAAUGACUGUCAAAAAUCUGCAGUCAAGAGGAUCCUCUGUGGUGAAUGCAGACCAACACCAUAUAUCCUGUUUGGACCUCCUGGCACUGGAAAAACAGUCACUAUUCUUGAAGCAAUCUUGCAGAUCCAUUUUACUUUACCAGACAGUCGGAUUUUGGCAUGUGCUCCAUCCAACAGUGCUGCUGACUUACUGUGUUUACGUUUACAUGAAAGCAAUUUGCUGAAGCAAGGAGACAUGGUGAGAGUUAAUGCCACUUGCAGACCUGCAGAGGAAGGGAAACAGAAAGCAAGACACUACAGCCGAAUUAGCUUGACAUCUGUCAUAGGGAAGAUGUUAGAAGCUGCUAUUAAAGAGGAUAUAACUGGGCAGUUGGAUAGAUUCAAGUAA